AUGAAAUUCAAUAAAAUUACCUUUACUAUCUUGAGUCUAAUUGGUUUAGUCUCUGCCGCAGUGACUACUCCCUCAGGAAAACCACCUGGAAGUGGACAAUCAUCAUUAAAUGGAUACCCGCCAAUGGAUCAAACACCACCAACCAAUCAACCGUGGUUUCGAAAAGUAGAUUUAUCCAAGGUUCCAAAUAUUUCACCAAGAAAAAAUUUUCAAGACUGUCCUCCAAAAGGAGCAGCUGACCCAAAUUGCGUCUGGAGUUGUAGUCAAUGCCAAUCCAAAGAUGAUGUUUACUUUUGCCCGAAUCAAGGAGACUGGGGUCUUACUUUUGACGAUGGACCUGCUUCAUCACAAACUGGUAAACUAUUAACUCUCUUGGAUAGCGCGAAGCUCAAGGCAACAUUCUUUAUUGUUGGAUCACGUGUUGUCGAGUUUCCAGAUACUUUGAUGAAAACGUAUAAAGCUGGACAUCAUAUCGCUGCGCACACGUGGUCGCAUACCCCGUUGACUACUUUGACCAAUGAACAAAUUGUCGCGGAAAUGUUAUGGACUGAAAAGAUUAUCAAUGAUACACUUGGUAUAGUAACUAAAUAUAUGCGCCCUCCUCAGGGUGAUGUUGAUAAUCGUGUACGUGCAGUUAUGAAAGCUCUCGGUUAUAUAGUUGUACUUUGGGAUUAUGAUACUGGAGAUUUUCUUGCUGCUCCCGGAAACAAAUUUGAUCCUAACUGGAUUAUUAAUAAUGUAACACAAUGGGUUAAGACUCCGCCGAACGGUGUUGACCAUGGUCAUUGUUCACUCGAACAUGAUAUUCAUACUAUUUCCGUGAAUGUCAUUCCCACCGUUUUACCAAUGAUCCAAAAUGCCGGCUUUAAACCACAACCAAUUUCUACCUGUUUCGGUGACAAAAAUCCUUAUCAAUCAUUACUUGGUGGCAGCAGCGGUGGUAAUAGUACAUCUUCGUCAUCAGGUAAUGGUAACUCCGGAAGUUCAGAUUCUAGUUCUAAUGCAUCGGGAUCUGAAUCAUCCAAUGAUCCUACUGUUAACACUAAAUCAACUUCUGAUGGCAGCUCACUAAGAGUUUCUGCUUAUUUAAGUUUUGUCGCCUUCCUUGUUGGUUUGUUAUCCCUAUAA